CACCCCCUAAAUCAUUCAAUUCAGUAGCACCUUCGGCGCAGCUUCCCCACUGCAAAUGAAAACAAAGCAAAAAAUUUGAACAUUUUCCUCAAAUUUCUUUUCGCAUUGUUUAUGAGAAAAUCACUUUCCUCAGCCAAAAAACUCCACCAAUCUGCUCGCUUCAUCAAUUCCCCCAACCGCGGGUCGCCCCAACCCACCCAUAUCAGACCCGUAUCCAAAUCUCGAUCCCCAUCCUCGGCCGAAUCCGCAGGGUGGAGACCCGAGUCCCAUCAGGUGAGGCUGACCACGCGGCCGAUGGAGGCGGCGGAGAGUUCGGAGGGUCUGCGGCGGACGCCGCUGGCGGAAGUGGUGGCGGACUGUGUCCAGCGGUGGUUCCAGGACACGCUCAAGGAGGCCAGGAAUGGCGACACGGGCAUGCAGGUGCUUGUGGGCCAGAUGUACCACAGCGGAUAUGGAGUCACUAGAGAUGUCCAAAGGGGAAAAGCAUGGAUUAGCAGGGCUGCAAAGAGUCGCUCGUCUGUGUGGAAAGUAGGCGAUAAGCAUCCAGGUUAUAAUGCUAGUGACUCAGAUUCUGAUGAUGCAAAGGAAGCUGCCAAAUAGGAUGAGAUGUGCUUUAUAUUGGAAACAUAAGCAAUGAGAAAUGAAUUCGUGGUACUGGCCUGGCUCGUGUAGUGUCUUGCUUAUGCAAAACAGUCAAAUGUGGGUUUCGGGCAAAGCCUUCAAACAGCAAUUUUCCCUUCAGCUGGCAUUUUUCUUCUUUAUUAUCUCUUCCUGAUAAUUCACCAUCUGGGCAAACAUUUGGUCCUUUUUUAUGUUUUCCACUCGAGACUUUGUCUGCAAGCUUGUUUGGCUUGUUGGUGUUGAAUUUCCAUUCCCUUUUUAAAGACCAUUGAUGUUGUAUUGUUAUUGAAAUACAGUACCAUUUAGUACUCUUAAAAGAA